AUGCGUUGACUCUCAGGGAGCAAAACAAGAAAACGAUCGAGUGACGCAGAGACGAGUCGGGGGUCGUUUCUCGUCUUAUUUCUGUAUAUAAAACAAAUACCUGCAGACAUGUCGAAGGUGUUUCUGGCUACUAGUCGUCUGGUAGCGCCUAGAAUUCACACGAUGAGGCAAAUACAUAUGACAAGAGUCUACAAAGGUACUUUUACAUCGACCGACGCUGUUAUGCCCAAACCUCACACGACCAAACUUCUGGGAUAUAUGGGAGUGACUCUAGCGACUUCUCUGGGAAUCUUUACUGGUGCUGAAAUAAGCAAGAAUAUUGCAAGCUUCCUAGAAGAAAAUGAACUAUUUGUUCCCUC